UCUACUCUAACCCAUCUCUCAACGCAUUCCAAACUAUGGCUUCUUUCGGUGUUGCUUCUCUUCUCGUCCUUUUGCUCAUAGCUUUUUGUGUAUCAAACUCGGAAGGAAAAUCAUGUACAAGAGACGUAGACUGUACGUUCGUCAAGUGUCCGCAUGGCAGCAACUAUUGUGACGGGAAAACCCAUACAUGCCAGUGCUACUGGCGUGGACCUCCCUCUAGCAUUGCACCGAUGGUGGAUGCUAAAACUAAGUGCGGCAACGAUGCCGACUGCGCCGUGGUUUGUCCACCACAUUGCAAAGCAUAUCACUGUCAAAAUGGCGUUUGUUUGUGCCAGUGUGGUGCCUGA